UACCGAGCACUGUAUGACGUACGGAGCUGGUGAGAAUGCAAGUGCUUCCCGCGCGCGUGAUAUAGUGAGAGUGCUUAUUUAAUUUAUACAAAUUAUUUUCUAUCAGUGGAAAUAUAUUAUAUUUUUUAUACGGGACCGUCGAUUUGGUUGUUAUUGUUAUAAGUAUAAGUACUGUGCUAUUGAUGUUAAAUUGUCAAAAUGAAGAUCUUCGUAUUGACAGUCGUCAUUUUCGCCCUCAAUGGUUAUGUAACGAGAGCCACAUCAUUGGACCCUCUCGAGAAUGUAGAAAUUGAUGAGACAAAAAUCGAUAGAGAGGACUUGAGAACCAAGAGAUCUGGGAACAUAUUUUCGUCACUUUUGAAGAAAAAAUUAGGGUUAAUCGGCUCAUUAUCCGGCACGUCAUCGGGUAAAUCUAUUGAUCAUUCAGAAAACUUUCCAGAACAUUUCGAAGAACCAUUGUCUUACCAUACAAAAUCGUUCAAUUUGUGGGGCAUUAAAAAAGCAAUAAUGUCGUCGGUGUUUCAAGCCGCAAAAGCGAUAACAGGUGGAGUGAUUGCUCUUAAGGGACAAUUAAUCAAAGCUAAAGGACACGCGGUUGUGGCCAAAGGUAAACUGAUGCAAACCAAAGGUGAAGCGAUUUCAAACUUUGGUAAAACCAUUGCGACACAUGCGUUCGACGUCCACCAAGAACCACACACGGAAAUACACUCCGGUGUAGGCCUGUACAACCAUCUACCUGUAACACCGAUACACCAGCCAACCAGUUACGGAGCUGCUACUGCAUUUGGGUACCAAGGACAAGUGUAUCCGAGUAACGGGUACCAGAGUAACGUGUACUCCGGCAACGCGUAUCAAGUUGCGGCUCCUAGUUACCCGACAGGAUUCGGGGUGUCACAGGCAGGAUACGGCGGUAACAUGCUCUACAACGGAUACGGCGGUAACGGCUUUACGGCAAAGAGAGCUGUAGUGCAGAAUGCACAGGAAUCCGCUGUCAAUCAAGUGCAAAAUUCAUUCGACAAGGAUUCGGUUCACGCGGGAUUGUUGAUCUUCAAACCGAUCAAAAUGCCUGCGCAGAGCGUACCGACGGGCAGUAACCACCUAACGUUGUCUCAGAGCACGGCGAGCUCACAGCAGUUGAUCGGCCAACCGCCGUCGCUGCAACUGCAAGGCGGUGCGUUCAAUCCUGCGGACCUCAAGACGCCGCAGCUGCAAGGUUACGGAUUUCAAAAACAGUUUCCCGCCGGAUUCCAAGCGAACGCGCAACCCGAGGAAUACCCGCCGUACUCGAACCCCGGUUACCUGCAGCAAGCGCAGAACUUCGGUUACCAGGCACCGAACCUUGGUUACCCGUUGAACGGCGGCGGCGGCAGUAGCGCCGAACAGAUCGCGGGUCACGGUUACGGCGGCGGGUUGCAGAACUUCGACUUCCAACAGUCGGCCAACAGCCAGGAAUUGGGCCAACAGCUGGCCGCGAUCUCUGGCCAACAGCUGCUGCAGCAGCAGCCGUCCUUUUCGCAGGAGAGUUACGGCGGCGGCAGCGGCGACUUGACUUCGGGCUCGGACGAGCGGAUUGCUCAGCCGUCGUACAAACGCGCCAGUGUGGCGGUGAGUCCCAAGCGAAGUGUGCCCGAGGGAUUGACGUUGCCCGAACGACCGUCCGCCGCUGCGGGCCAGUCGAAAUCGCCGGUCGCGGCGUCGGGCUACGGUGACGAUGACGAAGGCGCGAAAACGAAAAAACGGAGCGCACCGUCGCCGCACGGGGACGCGAUCGUGCCGUUGAAAUACCACGACGAUUCGACGGCGGAAGAUCAAGCCAGAUUGAAGCACACCGUCCAACGGUUCUUCAGCAUGCUGCAGAAACAACGAUGAGUGUAUCUACUUAUGGACUUAAAAGUAAUCUAUGGAAUAAGAAUAAUUGUGAGAAAAACCAUUCACAAAAAUCAAACAUAGUCGGAUCAUCUACAAACGACUAUGUUUACAUAGCUAGUCAUUUCUAUGAUGUAUUAUUUUGUAUGCAUGUGCAACCCAUUGUUUUGUAUAAUUAUUUUUUUAUUACUUGAUUUUAUUCUUACGUUUAUAUUGAAACAUAUAAGUUGCUCAAAUUCAAAUAAGAAGGAACAUAAAAAGGUUUGCGAAGAAGUAUUUAAAAUUAUCGUAGCAAUUAUUUAUUGAUAAACGUG